AUGAGUGAGGGUUCCAGAGGAGCGCGUGGUUUCUCAAUUUUCGUCAAGAACCUCACCUUCGAUAUAAACCACGAGGAUCUGUACAAGAUCUUCGACAAGUAUGGUAGAAUCGUGGAUGUCUUCCCCCUUUGGGCUGUGAAUCUCAAGCAGCACAGAGGAUAUGCCUUCGUCAAAUUCCGGUACUCAGGCAACGCUUACGCUAUGAUUGGUGUUUUGAACGGGCGGAUGGUGGAUGGGAGGAGGCUGACGGUAAAGAUGGCUAAGCCUAGGAAAACCCCUAUAUCAGUAAACCCUAACCCCGCCAGGGAGCCAAUCUCCCACUAA